CGUGUGGUGGGGGGAGCUGUACAGGGGUGUAAUGUGGGUUCCUAUGUGCAGCGCUGGAUGGACGGAGGUCUGGAGGUGCUGAGCGGAGCUCCACAUUCGGUGUCCUGUGCGUCCUCGUCCGGCCAGGAGCAGGACUCCUUUGAAAGACUACCUCCUCCAGAACAUGCCUUGUCUCCAUGGUAACAGGACCCCGGCAGACCCAGAAACACACUGGGACAAACUGGUCCCGCUCUCAUACCUGAUUCUGGAUUGUACUGAAGAGGAUUUCAACAAAAAUAAAUAAAAUGAAUGAUUCCUCAUUUACUGUUUAUAAGCUAUUUUCUCCUCACAUUCAGCAUAUUUGCACCAUUUCUAUCGUGAUGAUGUCAGGGAUUUACUGAUUUUCAAUAAAGCAGCAGCAGUCCCAAACUGGUCUGUUCUAAACCAGGACCAGGAUGCACCAGCUGUUCAGUCGGGUGCUCGGCCAGAGGGAUCUUUCCAGAGCGGGGGAUCUCUUCUCUCUGGAAGACGCAGAGAUUGAAGACUGUCUGUCACAAGCUCUGGACCAGAUCAAGGCCAUAUCCUGCUCACCGGACUAUCUGACCAAUGACAACGAUCAGGCGGUGGUAGAGAUUUGCAUAACACGCAUCACCACGGCCAUAAGGGAGACGAGCUCCAUCGAGCGACACAGCGUGGCGCUGGUGGGGCUCUGGGAGUCGUGUCUGGAACAUAACCUCACGCCACAAGGUGAAAACACAGAGGACACGCCGCACGCCAAGAUAGCCUCCGACAUCACCAGCUGUAUCCUGCAGAACUACAGCUGUCCCUCGGUCAUGGUGCUGGCCGUGCCGGUGGCGGUGCGGUUCCUCCAGAGAGGGAACAGGGAGCUCAGCAGGAACAUGUCCAGUUAUCUCUCGCUGGCCGCUAUAGCCAAGGCUGAUCUGUUGGCUGAGCACACAGAGGCCAUCACACUCAGCGUGCUGGGAGGUAACCACAUGCUGUUGCGAGUGUUGCCGUCAGUUUACCCCCGACAACCAGAUACCAUCCACUGUCACCUCGGCGACCUCACUACAAUGAUGACACAGCUGGAGUCUCCAGAGCAACAGCACCUGAUCAGACUCAUUCAGAUGGUCGCAGAGCAACAUCCACUUAUGUUAAGCCCUCAGGUGCCUUUGUUGGUCGGUUACCUCGGUGACAAGUCUCUGACUGAGUCGCUACUGGGUGUGCUCGUAGACGUGUCGCAGGCCAGCCCUUCCUCGCUGGUCAGCUUCCUGCCGGUGCUGAGGACUGUGGGACAGCAGUGCCCCGCUCUCCUGGGUCACGUGGCCAAAACCCACGGCGCCGUCGGCAUCAUCAGUGAGACUCAUGCUCACAGCUCGUUGGUCUACCUCGUGUCCCUGCUGGGCAGCAUGGAGCACAGCUUCCACCACACCCUGCUGCUGGAGAUCAGAGCUCUGACUGACCGUCACCCCUCUUUACUGGGAGGCUGCGGGAAAGACAUCUACAGGAUGAGCAACUCCUUCACCGCCAUAGCCAGACUGUUGGGGAGGCGGCUGGAGGAGAGCUUGGCGAUGCGUUGCAGGUUUGUAAAGGUGGACGAAGCGUGUCCGCCAUCUCCCUGUGCGUCUGUUCCAGGGGGAGGAGGAGGUGGGGGAGGACGGGGGGCAGAACAGCAGCUUCAGGUGAAGAUCCAGGCCUUCGAGGAGAAGAUGGGGGAAGCUAGGGCAGAGGAGGAGGUGGAGGAGGACUCCCCUGCCUCCCUGCGACGCUACAGCCUGAGCCAAGCCGUCAGGGAGGAGAGACGAGAGAUGAGAUUCAACAGGUCAAAGAGCUUGGCCCUCCACGCUGUGCACUCACGCUCCAUCAACCCAGACGCCGGGGUCGACGGUGAUGGAGUGGAGCUAAGUCCGGACAACAUCUCUCCCAAUACUUUGAGUAAUCAGCAAACAGAAAACCAGGAGGCGCCCCCUACCGACAGGAAGCGGACCGCUGAAGGCUCUGUGCCCGUCACCCCUGCGGUGGAGAGAGGGGUCAGAGAGGCAGGGAAAGGUGAAGGCAGAGAGGAGGAUGGAGAGAUGGUGGAGCAGGGCGAAGCCGACAGACUCUUCGUCCAUUUAAGAGACAACAUGGAGACGAUCAGAGCGUUCUGUAGAGACGUGGUGCGGCAGAUCCCAACACCAGAGCAGUGUGUGAUAGAAGAUUCAAAUCGAGGCUGUGUGGCCAAGCUGUCGUUCUCCUGUCCUCUGAAGGGCCACUACUGCCUGUACGCCAAGUCCUGUUUCAACCUGACCAGCCGACAGCCGCAUCUCUGGAUCCACAUGAUGCUGCUGCAUCUACAGAGUAAGUCCAGUGUCCCUCUGUGCUCCAGGGACGAGGGCGUCCAGAGACUGGCUUCACUUUGGGAGAAGACACAGUUGAAGGGGGCUCACAGUUUCCCCAUGGCUAUGACACAGCACAGCACCCUGCACAGGAAGGACCUGGACAGUCUUCAGAUCCAGCUGGACGAGGUGCGAUUCUUCGACCUGUUUGGAUACAGUGAGGAGGAAGGAGGCUGGCUCUGCUUCAUGUGUAACAACCCUGAGAAGGCCACAGUGGUGAACCAGGAGGGACAGCCUCUGAUCGAGGGGAAGCUGAAGGAGAAGCAGGUCCGCUGGAAGUUCAUCAAGCGCUGGAAAACCCGCUACUUCACCCUGGCAGGGAACCAGCUCCUCUUCCGCAGAGGCAAGUCAAAGGAUGAGCUGGAUGAUAUUCCUAUUGAGCUGAGCAAGGUGCAAAGUGUCAAGGUUGUGGCCAAGAAGCGUCGGGAUCGAGGUCUGCCACGGGCCUUUGAGAUCUUCACCGACAGCAAGACAUAUGUGCUCAAAGCUCAGGAUGAGAAGCACACAGAGGAGUGGCUGCAGUGCAUCAACGUGGCCGUGGCUCAGGCCAGAGAGAGGGAGAACAGAGAGGCUACCACCUACCUGUGAGAUCAACACACAGACAGACACAACGUCAAACGCAGCCAAACAUACUCUGGGGAGUGUGUUUCUGUCGCGGUUUGGCAAUUUUUAAGCACUUGUAAACGACCAACAGAGCUGUCCCUGAGGAGGGAAACCCUACACAACACAUACAUAUAUAUAUAUAUAUAUAUAUAUAUAUACUGCUAGUAGCACUUCAGUAGCACUAUAACUUCAUAUGUGUAACUGGUGGUAUCCAUCCUCUUCUCCAAUCAAAUGCAGUAUUUUUUAGAAAUAAGAUUUAUUCAACCAGCAGUUUAAAAAACUCAAGAAAAACUUGUUACAUAUUUAAAAUACUGACUCCCAAUACUUUACUGCUACACUAGUAACCUUCUCAUGAUGAGACACAUAUACUGGACUUGUGUAGUGAUUAUAAAUGAAUGUUACAAUAUAUAUAAGUGUUAAAGACUGACGUGUUAAGAAGAUCCUCAGCAGAUUGGAUCAUUCACUUCCAACCUCUGCUUGAACCUGGAGACUGCUGAACUGCUGUGAGCUGCAACAACCAAACAAAUCAGCAUCUACACAAACUUUAACAAAGCAAUAAAGACUCAACCGACCUCAUAAAGACUUGUAGCAGUACUGAGACUGAACAGAUGCUGGAGAGGAGCCUAAUGGACCAAUGGGAAGGAGAUACGAUACUGGAAUUUAUUGUGUUUGGGUGACAGAGAGAAUGAUGUAGUCUUAAAAAAGACCUCUUAUGCUUUUUAUUUUCUGUCUUAUAUAUACAUAUAUAUAAUGUUACAUUGAUGUUCAUAUUAACUUUGGCCAAAGUUUCAAAACUAAAAUGUAAAAAAUGAUCUGUGUGACAAAGCUCUGAACGCUAGGUUUCCAACAGUUUUUCUACUUUUUUGACAGAUGUCAGCUCAUCAUAUUUUUUUUAUACAGUCAUCCAAGUUCAAGCACAGCUUGUUCUCCCCAAACGGCCCCUUGAGUAGCAUUAUAGGCUUUUAAUGUAUAUGUACAAAUAAUAGAGAGUGCUGGUUUACUAUACUUUUAUCUGGUGGGGGGAUGGGCUGCUGUAAAAACAUUUAACACUGAGCCAAACACUGGACUUGAUACUGCAUUUUACCACCAGCUGUCCCAUUUGACUCAGUAGGCAUUCCUGAUUGGAGCAUAAUGAGACUGGGUUAGCCAAUUAAUGAGAGUGACUCCAGUCCACUUGGUGGCAGUAAUGAACUCCUAAUUAUUUGUCAACUGCCAAUAAUCUUUAAAUAAAGAUUAAUAAAGUGAAGCAGCAUCACAAUCAUUAGGACUAAAACAGCAAAAUAAUGUUUUUUUAUAUCUCACAACAAAUAUUUAACUUUGUGGGCUUAAAAUCAAAAAUGUUGCCGUAUAGAUAGUUAUUUUUGUUUUGAGACGACCAUUUUAAGUUCACCAUGUUUCCUGUGCUUAACCUCCUAUAAGGUAAAUAUUGACGAUAGACCGAAGUAGAGACGAUAUCUCUCCUUACAUCUGAUCUCUGAACUGCGUUCUGUCCCUUUAAGGAGCACAUGUUGCCGAUUUGCAUUUAUUUUGUUAUUCACUUGACUUCCAGCUGUCAUCUAUCAUUCUAUCUACCAUUCCUGUCAACUUUGUGGGUGAUACUGUGUCCUGUUGAAAGAAUCUGGGGCUUGUCACACAAAGGGGAGAGCAACAUAUUUUAGACUUGUGCCCAUCGAGGAUCAGACCUGGGAUCUAUUUGGUGACCAGCAGCAAGGGUGUUUGUCAAUCUGUCCUCGAGUCGGGUUUCUUGUUCAUCAUUUCCAUGUCAACCUUGGUCUUGGUCACAGAUCCUAAUUCAGCAAUACAGGAAAUAAACAUGAAUGCAUUAGCCGACAUGGUUAUCAGAGACAUUGGUUAAAGAUGACACCCACAUUUUAAGGCUUAUUCUGAACUUUAACACUUUUUGACUCUGUAUUUUUGCUUGUUUUGUGGACUUAAAUACCAUCGCUGUCUGAUAUUAACUGAAGGCAGUUGUGUGUCAUGCAAUAGCCUCCAAACAUUCAUGGACAUGCUGGUCCUCUAAUCAGGUUUUAAACAGCGAUACAAUAGAAUAUAUUCAGCAUAAAGAAGGACUAAUAAUCUGUCCUGUAAAGAGAAGGUCAAGUAACACCAGUAAUGAACAUUUCCCAUCAUCAUAUUAGUGUUAAUGACAUAAAGAAAACUGCUGAAUGCAGUCAAUGAACAACCUGACAGAAAGAGGUUAUAAAUGCUGUGUUUCCAAAACAGAUAUAAGCUGCUUGGCGACAACUUGUUCCAGACACAAGAGGCAUCUUGGAUAUAGGCCGAUUAUUCAUUGGCAGGAUGGGAUGUAGAUAUUUCUAAGCAAAGGCUGAACUAUAGCAUGUUUAACCUGGCUCAGGACGGAGCACAGUGUAAAAGGAGGGAUUCAUGAUUCAUGGCCACAACAGUCGAGUCAAUUGAAUUAAAGUAUUUAAAAACAAGGAUGACGGAAGAACGUCAAGGGACAGUUGAGUGACGUCCUCGCAGGAAACAGGACAAAGGAGUCCAGCAGGAAACACCAUUGGAUGGUUUGUUGAAGGGGGAAUACUCACUCUGAUAUCACCGUGUCCACAGAACAUUUAAGAAGGUUAUGGUGUAAAAGUGUUAUAGAAGAAAGGCAGUAGGAGAUUUACUCUUAACGAGAACUUUGGAUUUUCUUUUGCUUGAUGAAAUGAGGUUGGUAAAAUGAGUAGUUAGCAUCCCUCAUCCUUUUAUUCAAAGUGAAUUAAAGCUAUUUAAAUGCAGCCUCUAGUUUGGUGGCUUGUCAUGAACAAUUUGUUUCCAUACAACACAAGUCACAUUACAGAUGUUUUCCAAUUCAGUCAGUACUUAAAUGCAUCUCCCACAUGUUUAACUAUUAACAGGAGUGUUGUUGCGUCCACUGUUAAAAUGAAAGGGACAAUAACAAUCAAGAUGAGUCAGAGUGAGAUGUGAAACAAAGUGAUUUAUUUACUAUUGUGACUCACAGAAUACAUCAAAAGGUUCUCAUCAUGUGGGCGAGGGAGGGACAAAGUGAUUGAGUGUCAAAUAAACUGAAAUGAACACAACAACAACAAAGCCUAACCGAUUCCACCACUACGAACAAAAAAUGCAAACAAAAGGCUGAAGCGACUGAUCUAAAAAAAGAACUUCACCACAAACAGCACAAGAGAAGCACCGCCCGAGUAACGUAGUGUUUCUGAAUAUAAAGUAAAGAGAACCCUCGCAAACCCCCCACCAAAAUUACUUUGAAAUUAUCUUACAAAACACAACAGGUCUCAGACCAACAGCCAAAAAGAAGGUAUUCAGGUGUGCUCCUUAUAUUGAGGGCCCUGGAUGUUGAUUGGCCAACUGGGAGUCUGGGGAGCCAAUCAGCAGUAAAUACCAGAGUUUACAGGUGGACCUCAAUCAGGCUUGUUAGCUCCUAGAGAGAAACACACAAGGGGGGCAGGCAGAAAAAAAACACAUAUACAAUAUAAAAAAUAUAUGCACAUAUUAGAUUAAUUCACAUUUUAUUUCUUUCAUGUAUAAUAUGUGAUGUAUACAUCCAGUGUUUUAAAAUAGCAUUUUGUAUCAUGUAUUUUCUUUAUUUCUUUACUUGGACCAUAUUUCCUAUCAGUAGCCAGGAGGUCAAGUUAAAUUACUGAGGGAUCAGAAAUGUUUCUUCCAACACAUGUUAAAAAAAAAUAUUCUGACCCCAUUUCUCUUGUGAAACCAGCCCCUUACGAGUCUGUGCAGUCAUCAGAUUUCUGUUAUUUUGCAAUCUGUCCUAUAUGGUCCGGUCUAUUUUUGUCUUUCCAAAAUGAGAAACGUCUGCAGCAAUUUUUCUCCGUGUGUUAUGUUGAGCGAUGUCAGCAUGAUUGUUGCCUAAUAGUGGAGAUUUGACCACAGAUUUCUAAGAAAACAUUGAAGUAAAUGAGUGGUUUCCUUGUGGUAUUAGGAACUGGGCCAGUUCAGUCGUAUUGAUUUAGGAUGAUCCACUGGAGGGUUUUGUUUCGAUAGAAACUGAAGGUGAUCUGUCGUUUUACAACCGGCCUCUUACAGAGGUUAGAGUUUAAAAGCUUAUGUUUCUUUUUUCUUCGGAUGACAUGGAUGUGGAGAAUGAGAGUUCCCUCAUCUGUACAACUCUUAACAAAUCAGCCUUUUUGCUACCCCUGUGUGUAAAGCUACAAGUCCCUUAUGUUAUUCACUAUCCACGAGGCCCAAGACAAACGUUUCUUGACCCAGUUAAACACAACGUUCAUGGUCGGCCAUGGCAAAUCAAUUAUGACGCACAAUGUCUGAUUUUGAUCUUUAUCUGGAUCCACAUCUGAGGUGUUUCUGCCCACAGGUGAAUGCGUAACUCCCCUUGUGUGGAAUGAAACGCUCUUGGUUUAGGUUAAAUAUGUAAAAAAGCAGGAACGUUCAGAGUGUUUUGAAACUGCCUAAGGUUGUCUUGACCUCAACUCGGGACAGAAAAGCCCAUUGUCUUUGUGCUCCGCCUGAAACCCUGUGUACAUACAGGCAUUACACAGCCUCUCCCACUGUGUCAGGUUUCCACUGUUUGUAAGUUUAGCUGUGCCCCGUCCCCCCCCCCUACACUUCAGAACUGAGCUGCAUCUGCUAACAAUGUAAUAUUAUUUACAUCAAGCCUCUCUGACACAUGAGUCCCUCCUUUCCCUUUUAUUUGGAUGAAUGACCUACAUACACAACUGGCUGUGAACCCCAAAGUCAGGGGGAUUUCCUGCAUGACUGCAAUAAAUGCUUUAACAAAAUUAACCAAAAUCUGCUUCAAACAUCUCGAACACUGGUUGGAUUUAGUUUCGUCCUGAUAUUUCUUGCUCCCAGAGGAUGAAUCUUCCUGACUUUGACGACUUUACCUCUAUCGCCACCAUGAAGUUGAUAUUUGUGUUUUUGAGUCAAACCUCUCGUAUGAUCCGACAUGAAAUUAAGUCCAAGCCUCACAGCCUCUGGUUUAAAACAACAUAAUGCUACUUUUUUACCUCAAAAUAUCAGCUUUGAAAUUGGUUUGAUGGUACGUUGACUUGGAAUAGGGAAAAUGGUUUUGCUUCAAUUCCCACUCCUCAACCCGAACGGCUGUUCUUGCUCAACGUAACUUUGGUGAGUGAGUACGAUCUCCAGUGAGAAGUGUGGAACUGACUGAGAGUCGCAGAAUCAGACCCCUGAAGUGAUGCUGAGCUGUAGAUCAGAUAAAAAGACAGACAGGUCAUUAAAAAACAGCAUUUAUCUCCAUUUAUUAAGUAAACUUUAAAAUAUGAAGAAUUCUAAACAGAGUUUGGUGUAUUUGUCAAAGCAGAAGGAUCAACGGUGAUAUCCACCACUCGGUGGUGUUUCAGUUCAGUGACUUCAUGAAAACCACCUAAUCUCUCGAACACGGAGCCCAACAGAAUCAAUCCCCACCUGUGGCUGCAGAGGGCGCUGUUGCUCAGUAAAAGUUACAUAGUGUUGCUUUAAAUCUUGAGUCGGGUUUAGAUCGUCGGGACAAUUAGUCACUAUCAGACACUGUUAUUCACACAUGGGGAUGGUUGUAUACUAUAACUACACUAUAGCCUACACACACACAAUACAUGUGUAGCUGCUGCAACAUUAUAUCUUCUGCCUCCCUUCAACGUCUCUGGCACACACUCCUGUAAAUGUACCAUGAAGCUGACUUUACCCUCUUUUUUUGUUAUUGGAAGUGAAUGUCUGAUCAUGUGAAUGUCAACGUUGUCUCACAGUAACAAUGGGAACACUGUCUGCUGUCAUGCUGCUAUGGUGGCCAAGUUUCCAGGCCUGUGGGGCCAAACAUCUCGAGCCAAAAAGCUAUUGUUUGAGGGUACUUUCCUCUUAAUGAAGUGCAUUUGUAGGCAGCUCUGUAGUUGAUGCACCAGUGUGGGCUCCAUUCGCUUUCAGUGCUUCUACACCUCAGCAAAAACUCAGGCAAGAUGUAGAGCAGCUCCUUAGAAGAUUCAAUAAGAUUCAACUCAACAGAAUUCUAAACUUUUGUCUCCACACCGGUUCAUUGGUCAUUUGUGGGGCUCUGUUGGAAUGUGAGGUCCAAUUUCACACAUACUAACGUUUAUAUUUCUACUUUUUGUAUCAUCACAGGGAACAAAGUUAAUAUCUGAAUACAUUUGUGUUUCCAUCACAUCAAUGAACUCCAGGGUUUAGAGUUAACAUUGUUCUCUCUGGGGAUAAAGUAAAGCAAAGUAAUUUUUCACACAAAACAUAGCAUAGAAUAAACUCUACAACGUUAUCUGAAUAUUGGUAAUCCAACACAAACACAUUUUACACUUCAAAUGAAUAUAUUUACUGUUGAUGUAAUUACUGUUGCAACAAUCUGCUGACGCUCGUGGUGUGAAGUUAAAGAUGCAGAUAGUUGUUUUUUUUGUCUGCCUUCAGGGAGGGAAACAAAAUCUAUCUAUCUAUCUAUCUAUCUAUCUAUCUAUCUAUCUAUAUAUAUAUCAUUAAUCUCAGACUGGAGAACAGUGAGCUGUUGCUGUCACUUCUUUAAAGCACAAUGACAUUAUAUUAUAUUUACAGUGCAGUACAUAUAUAGCGAGCAGAAACUGAUGAUGGAAACAUACUUUAUUCUGUAUGUGAAUGUCAUUAACUUAAGUAUUAAAGUUUAUGAAUGUAUUCAAAGCAUUUUUGAGCAUUCAUAUCAAACUAAAUAAUAGGAGAUGUAGUGUUGCUCAAUAACAUUUGAUUUUGGAUGUAUGCUUGAUAUUUAUUUUUUACACUUCAGUCAUGUGAGGGACAAAUACUAAAGUCGUCCCUUUCUUCUUACCCUUGAUUUUUUAUAUUAUUAUGAAUUAAUAGUGCAAACAGAUGAAUGUUGUAUUUUAUUGAGGAUUAAACUGAUAUCUUUAUAGAUUGUAUAUUUGCCUGUUGCACCUUUUGCAUGUCGGACUCUGACACUUUUUGCUGACAGAAUUGUACAAUAAAUCUUAAACAGUGAAAUCAA